UCAGAACCUAUUUCGAGGCAGAACUGAGGAGAUGAGGAACAGGAACAAGCAGUAUGAGUCACAAUCAGACGUGGGAAACGGAUGGAACUAAUACGGAAGAACACCUUUCUCACGCCAAACCCACGCAGACCUUUUCCCUCCCUUCCUUUCCAGUGUCUCCGCCUCCUGCCCUUCCGUCCUUCCUUCCCGGAUCCUUCCAGGCUCCUCCUGCUCGGGUCUCGCGCACCAGCCAAAGGGAAGAGGCGGAGGCUUAGCCGAGCCUCGUGAGGGCUGCGAGAUCUCUCGUACAGUGGCUGAUCUGCAGGUGCGCUCUCCGUCAUGGCCGAUGCCGGCCGACCACCACAAGCUCGCGUGCUUCUGCAGCAGUGCCUGCAUGCCAAGCUUCAAGUUUGUCCUGCCCAGGGCGACACCGAGGCGCAGUGGGUGGAGGUUCCGAGAGCUUUAGUGAUCUACGUCUGUUUCUUCAAAGAUGCUGGAGAAGACCUUCUGCCUAAAAUGGUUAGCACACUGUUGAAUGUGAAAUUAAGUGAGAACGAAAAUGGCAAGCUUGUCUCUAUAUUGGAUCUACCAGGGAACAUUCUCAUCAUCCCUCAAGCUACCCUUGGAGGGAAAGUGAAAGGAAGAGGCAUGCAGUAUCACAAUAACUGUGGAAAAGAAGAAGGAUUAGGGCUUUACUCUCAAUUUGUGACUCUGUGUGAAAAAGAGCUCACCGCCAAUAGCAAGUGUGCAGAAGCUGGUAUGGUGGUCAAGCAUGGAACAUAUGGAAACAGACAAGUGUUAAAGCUCGAUACCAAUGGACCCUACACACAUCUGAUUGAAUUUUGAAAAGGCCACUUCAGUUUGUAUAACAAUUUUCUAGGGCAAAAUGGGCAGGACUGGAAUUACUAGAUGGUUUUCAUUUAAGAACUGAUGUUACAAGGUUUUGCCACAUUUUGACAUGUAGAAGGACUGGUAUCUACAUUAAAUAGAGUGAGUUAUAAUUUCAGGUCUACCUCGGAAAUGCCCAGGAGAAUUUCUUAACUCAUUCCACCAUACUUUUACUUAUUGUGUCUUGUAAUUCUUUUAUUUUUUUCCAAGUACAUGUAAGAACAAAAAUUUUUAACUUAUUUCUAAUUUUGAGUUCCAAAUUUUCUCCUUUUUCUUUGAGAAGGCAAGUAAUUUGAUACAGUCUACCAUCUUUUAAAAAAUGCUUUCUAUGGAUUGCCCAGUGAUAUUUUGAAGUGACUCACUCUUGCAACAUUAUUCUCCAUUUAAAAAAAGAUUUAUUUUUAAAAUUCAAAUCAUUGAACAAUGAGGAGUUUUGACCCUUUUUCAAAAAUUAAAACUUCCCAAAUUCCUAUGUUUUAAACAGACCCUCUAUAGUUUUUGACAGAAGAUAAUUCAUUUAAUACCUCUGUAGAGUCAUAAUGUCAUUUGUAGAAGUCAUGUUGGAGCAGCCAGGUAACACAGUGGAUAGAGUGCUGGGUCAGGGGAGGAAUACCUGUGUCCUGAGAAACUAGCUUUGUGACUCUGGGAAAAUCACUUAACCCUACUUGCUGCAAUUUCCUCAUCUAUAAAAUGAGCUGGAGAAGGAAAUGGCAAACCACUCCAGUAUCUCUGCCAAGAAAACCCCAAAGGUAAGUGAAAAGAAUUGGAUCCAAUGGAAAUGACUGAACAAAAAAUAGGUUAUUUCCUUACCAGGACAGAACAUAACCUCUUCUGUUCCUGCAUCAUUCUUGUCGAGACAGUUCCAUAAAUCUCUCUCAUUGUGCAUCCACCAGAUAGACUGAAGACUUUUCCCUCCCUAGUCUUUGUUUGUUUUUUUGCUUAUUAACAUUUUGUGGGUACUCGUACAAUCCUCAGUCUAUCCCUUUUACCACUCUCUUGCUAGGUAACAAGUACCCCCCACCCCUUUUUAGCCAGAGGUAUCCUUAUUUGUGGGAGGUAUCAUAGUGCAGUAGAAAAAGUAAUAAAUUUGGACAAAACAUAAAUUCUAAUCCUACUUUGACUGGUUAUUACUUCUGUGAUCUUGGGGUAAUCACCUAACCUCUCUGACGAUUGGUUUUCCCAUCCAAAAAAGAAGAAAUAGACCAAAUGGCCUCUAAAGUCUCUUUUAACUUUAGAUCUGUGAUCCUAUGACAUUUCUUCCCCGUUUAAGUCAUUAUUUGCAGCUUACUUAGACCCACCAAGUAUCUGAGAGGCUGUAUGACUUUGGGUGGUGGGCUGAACCUGGAGUCAAAAAGACCCAAGUGUGAAUCCUACUUCAGAAACCUCCUGGCAGUGUGACCCUAGACAAGACACACCACCUUUUUGAGCUUUGGUUUCCUCAUCUCUAAAAUGUGGAUAAUAAUAGCACCUACCUCACAAAGUUGUUUUUUAAAGAUAAUGUAUAAAAGUUUCAUUGAAUAAGGGUGAGCUAUUCUUAUUUCUGUUGCCCUUUGGGUCAUUUGAAAUUUUGAUUCUUCUGAAAUCUCUCUGUGUUUUAUUCACAGCAAUAUAGUAUCAUCCAUUUGUAAACAGCAUAAAUAAUUUUCCAUUUGUGUAAAAAUGAGAUCACCUUUGGGAUUAUCAAAAUUGAUAGAGCAUUUUCUUGGUUUUAAGUGUCUUAAAUUUCCCACAUUUUGCAUAAGAGAAUAUAUGAUUUAUUAUUCCUUUUUAAUAAUGUCAGAAAAAUUAUAUUGAUUUUGUCUUAAUUUAUAUAAUGCUGAUUCACCAAGAAACUCUUGGGUGUUUUACAAUAUUUAAACUGAGCUUUAAUAUACACUAUAUAGAAAAAAAAAAGAACAGUUAGAUUUUAUUUUUAUUUAUACAACUCGAUCAGCAUUCUAUCCCUAACCUUUUUUCCCUCCAAAGUGUUGUUUAACAAAGAAUAAACCUUUCAUAUUAUAAUGCAAAGAAAA